GCUGGUUUGCGAACCCGCGUGAAUGUCCGAAGUGCCGCCGCCAACGUUGGCCAUAAUUUGCAUCGUGACCAUACUAUCAGCAGUGCUCGUUGCCGUUCUUAUCAAGAAUCGCUCCAGCGACGUCGCCAUCGUCAUUGACGAAAGCAAAUCCAACAAAUAAAGUCAACAAUCUCAAGCAGCUGUCGCGUGAGCUUCUCUCCGGUUCUAGUGUCUCAUCCUCAGACAGUAGUCAGAACGGUUGUAAUAUGCUGAUCGCACGCACCGGAGGUCUUUCACGGGUGCUAACCUCUAGCUUUCUCUUACCUCCGACCAGGAGUUCCGUUCCGGUGACCCUGCAACAGAACGAGGUAACAGCCAGUAUGUCCACGACGUCUGCCGAUCAAGCCGAGGUCGGCCCGUACGAGCCCGGCCAGCACUCGAUCGCGUACGUAACGACGCCGGACGAAAACUCGGCCAAGGCGCUCGCCCGGAAGCUGGUGGAGCGCAAGUUGGCGGCCUGCGUGAACAUCAUCCCCGGACUGACCUCGGUGUACGAGUGGGAGGGCAAGCUGAACGAGGACCACGAAACGCUACUGAUGAUCAAGACGCGGACGAGCCGCGUAGACGAGCUGGCCAAGUUUGUGCGGGAGAACCAUCCGUACAGUGUGGCCGAGGUCAUCUCGGUGCCGAUCGAGAAUGGCAAUCCGCCUUAUCUGGAGUGGCUGAGCCGGAGUGUGCCGGAGAGGAAGAAGACUUGAGGGGAGCAGUGAGUUUGGGCUUUGAUACGAUUGUUUUGGUGUAUCAAAAGGUUUUAUAAAUAAACGUGUUUUUUUUUUGGUUCGGUUUGGUAUUAUCGUAA